AUAUCUGCAAAAUCUCAUCGUCUCUAGGGCAAGAGUGGAAUCUCGAAGCACGUAAUGAAGUUUGUUUUACAAAGAAAUCCUCCGAUUCUGUCAUUCAGAUACCAGUUUCAAUCAGGUUGCUCUUCAAUUAAUCCUCAGGUUAUCUGUAAAUCCAAUUCGAGCAAAGAAGAGUUUAUGUCGAAGAUUUUGGAUCGGAGAUGGACAUUGAUAAAUCCAGACACUAAAGUUCACCAUAUUAGGGUUUCUAGUCUGCAAACACAACAGCAUUGUGGACCACUUGAGAACUUUUCGUUUUCUAAUAAUCCGCAUCCUUCUUUGGGUGAGAACGUAAAGGAAUGGCACAAUGAUCAGUCAUCAUUUUAUAUUGUUCGUGAUGAUUUGUUGCAUCCACUAGUGAACGGUAACAAGGCCAGGAAACUGGAUGCAUUGCUUCCACUUGUUGAAGAUCAUUUAGGAACCGAUGUGGUCACAUGUGGAGGUUGCCAAAGUGCACAUGCUGCAGCUGUUGCUGUUUCUUGUGCAGAGAGGGGACUAAAGGCACAUUUGCUUUUACGCGGAGAACAACCUCAAGUUCUAACCGGCUAUAAUUUGAUUUCGAUGUUAUAUGGCAAUGUCACUUAUGUUCCACGAUCUAUAUAUGCCAACAGGGAAGAAAUGCUGUCAGCACAUGCUGAUUCAAUAGCCGGGAGUGUUAUAUGCCUUGAUGACUUACUCGAGGCUUCCUUUACAGAUCACAACUCCGUGAAGUCGAACUUUCCAAAUAUAGAAGAUGGGUCGCCUUUAAAUUCAAAGAAGAUAGUAAUUGUUAAUGAAGGUGCAGGAAAUGCCGUUGCAUUGCCCGGUUUGAUUCGCCUUGUACAAUAUUUAUCGCAAGAUCAUAUACUUGGAAAAGAUCAGCCUCUGAAAAUUGUCGUAGAUGCUGGUACUGGCACAACUGCUGUUGGUUUAGGAAUCGGAGCCUUAUGUUUAGGACUCCCUUGGGAAGUAACUGCAGUGAUGCUGGCUGACACCAUUGAAGGGUACAGAAAACAGGAAGAGCAUUUGAUAUCUGAAUUAUGCCGAUGCUAUGACGUGCCUACUACACGCAGCGGACUCGUAAACUGGGUUGAACGUCGACAUCCAAGAAAAUUUGGGAAUGUGGUGAAAGGGGAAAUAGAAGCAUGCCAACAAAUUGCUCAAGAAACUGGUGUUCUUGUGGAUCCAAUAUAUACAUUGGCUGCUUGGGAGCUAGCAACUCAACUUAGCCUGGAGGAGCGAAAAGGCGGUGCAAAAGUCGUGAUGGUUCACACCGGUGGUACCCUUGGCAUGUUCGGGUUAGCUCAACGGUACAAGUCUUACUUCUAAAACUCACUUUUUCCCAUUUGAAAUCACACAAUCAAUGUAAUAUUGCAUUGCUGAAACGACAUUAUAAUCAAAAGAGAUCAGUCCCAUGUGUUGCUUCGUCGGUGAAGCAAUACUGUAUUAUCAGAACUGAUUAACCGAGUAGGUUGUUUCAUUGGUGAAAUAUGUUGUUGCACCAAUGAAACAACGUUGUGUUAUCAAAACCAUAUCAACACACAUCAACAUGUGUGUUGUUUCAUUGGUGAAAUACAACUGUUGUUUCAAAAACAAAACAAAAAUAUGUGAUUAAUAUUGGUUCAUAGAGUUUGUAAUUUUUAGACGGUUUUUAUAUGAUUUUGGGAUUAUAUAUUAUCUUGAUGUGUUCGAUAACAACUUGAUUGCUACUCAAAUGAACAUGUUUC